AUGACAUUCACAAUAAUCACAACGCUUAAACACUUACAAAUCCCACUUGAAGAGGUUACAAAAGCCACCAACAACUUUGAUGAAGAAUAUGUCAUCGGAGGUGGAGGUUUCGGGAAGGUGUAUAGAGGACAACUCUCGGUGUCUGGGGGGGAGAUGGUGAAUGUUGCUGCUCGGAGAUUAAAUCGAAAGCAUAGACAGGCGGGAGAUGUUGAGUUUUGGACCGAGAUUUCAGUGCUUUCUAGCCUCAAGCAUGAAAACAUAGCAUCCCUGAUUGGGUUUUGUGACGAGAAAGGUGAGAAGAUCAUCAUAAACAAGGAUGAGGCCACCAGGGGAAGUCUCUCCAUGUACCUUGGCGACCCAACCCUCACAUGGACUCAAAGGUUGAAUAUAUGCGUUGGCGUUGCGCGUGCGUUGAAAUACAUCCAUAACGGUAAGGGGCGAGGUGAUUAUGUCAUACACCGUAAUAUCAACAGCACCACCAUUUUAUUAGACGAUAAAUGGGAGGCCAAGUUAUCUGGUUUUGAGUUUUCUAUCAAACAGUCGGUGAAUCGAAUGGACCGGGUUGUCCUUUCAGAAGCAAUUGGCACAAAAGGGUACAUGGACCCAUCAAUUGUAAGGACGGGAGGUGUAAGCCACAAGUCAGAUAUCUACUCAUUCGGAGUGGUUUUAUGUGAAUUAUUAUGCGGGAGGAAAGCUUUCAUUCCACAUGUUGUGGAUGUGGAUGAUAGAUUUCUAGCCUCGCUGUUCAUAUCUCACUAUGAAAACGAAUCACUGAAUGAUAUAAUCCUUCCGGAUCAUAUGACCCAGACAUCGCUCACCGGGUUCUCCAAAACAGCAUAUUCAUGCUUAAAGGAGAACAGACGACGACGUCCAGAUAUGAACGAUAUUCUCAUUGAACUUGAGAAAGCGUUGGAACUUCAGCAGGAACUUGAAAAUUUGAGACAGAACUUGGGACACUUGAAGAUACCACUCCGUAGUAUAAUGUUGGCCACUAAAAACUUUUCUGAGGCGCACCCUGAGAGUAACGAAGUCAUUAUAAAACGCUACUUCCCGGGAGAACAUGGCUUAGGAGAAAAACUGUUCUUUACUGAUAUGAAAAUGCUUAACACAUGCAAACAUCCAAACAUAGUCAAACUACUUGGAUUUUGUGUUGAAGGUUCUGAGAGGAUCAUCAUCAUUGAGCAUUUUAAUAGAACCCUUAGUGCUUAUUACAUGAAUGACAACCUGAGGCCUGAACUUACUUGGGAAAGACGUUUGAAAAUUUGUCUCGAUGCUGCAAAUGCACUGAAUUACCUUCAUAAUGAGAUGAAGGAUCAAAAGACGAUAAUAAACCGUCUUAUAAUGAGCAACGGCAUUGUUUUCGACAAGAAGAAUUGGAGGGCAAAGAUGUUUUCCUUUACUUUGUCAAUAUUCCUGCCUCCGAAUCAAGACGAAGCUCUCCAUAAUAAUCCUGAUGGCAAUCCUUAUUACAUGGAUCCAGAAUACAUAAAGAGUGGUAAGUUGAAAAGAGAAUCAGAUGUGUAUAGUUUUGGAGUACUUCUAUUUGAAGUUCUAUGUGGGAGGUUUGCCAAUGACCCAAUAUACUUAAAAGAGAGUGACAAAGGGAUAGCAUUUGUGGCACGACGAUGCAUUCGAGAAGGAACAUUACUAAUGGAAAUGAUAGAUCCCUUGUUAAAGGAAAAAAGUGUUGUAAACAACUGCAUUAGCAAAAAAUCUUUGGAGAAAUUUGUAAAGAUUGCAUUCGAGUGCAUCACAGAAACCCAAGAUCAACGUCCAACAAUGAAAAUGGUUAUCCACGAGCUUCACGAAGCCUUAUUCUUUCAGAAUUUCUAUGUUGCCGACGAAGUUGAAGAAUCGAUGGAACUUAAGUUCACACGUGAAAUUUCUAUUAAAAAGUUGGAGCACUUGAAGAUUCCCCUUGAUGAUAUAAAGUUGGCCACCGAGGACUUUCAUGCAAGAUACCAACUACGGGCUGACGUUUGCUAUAUCUUAUAUAGAGCACAACUCGAGCAAUUUGAUGAAGGAACUCCUUUCAUCAAAGAAGGAAAGAAUAAAAAUGAGCGGUUGAGGACACGCAACACAGUCAUUAUAAAGCGCUUCUUCGCAAGAGAAGACGGCAUAGGAGAAGAAAUGUUCUUCACAGAAAUGAAAAUGCUUAACACUUGCAAGCAUCCAAACAUAACCAAACUACUUGGAAUUUGUGUUGAAGAUUCUGAGAUGAUCCUUGUUGUUGAGCAUCUUUCUAAUGGAUACCUUAUUGCAUGUUGGACGCGUAUCGACGACAUGAGGCAAAUUCUUACUUGGGAAAAACGUCUAAAAAUCUGCUUGGGUGUUGCAAAUGGAAUGAAUUACAUUUGUAAUGAGAUGGAGGACCAAGAGACGAUGAGUCACUAUCGUAUUAGGCACUUCCUCAUUGGAUUGGACGAGAACUGGGAGGCAAAAAUUACUGACUUUGUGAUAUUGGUAGUCCCACCUCCGAAUCAAGAUGACAACACUCUCUAUCUCAGUUCUUCCAGCACUCCAGUAUUGUUCAUAGAUCAAGUAUAUUGGGAGACUGGUAAGCUGAAAAGAGAAUUUUAUGUAUAUUUUCUAGGACUAAUUAUGUUUGAAGUUCUAUGUGGGAGGUCUGCCUAUGACCCGAUAUACUUUAAGGAGAGUGAGGAAGGGUUGGCAUUUGUGGCACGAAGAUGCUUCCAAGAAGAGGGAACACUCAUCAAAUUGAUAGAUCCUGUAUUAAGGGAAGAAAGUGGUGAAAAUUGCUUUACUUUGAAAAGAGGACCCAACAAAUAUUCUUUCGAGAAAUUUGUAAAAGUUGCACUCGGGUGCACAGACGAAACUUACGACCAACGUCCAACAUUGAAAGUGGUCAUCCAGGAGCUGCAGGAUGCCUUAUCGUUUCAGAAAAACAAGGACGACCUCAUAAUUUUGCUUGAUGACAUUCAACUGGCCACAGAAAACUUUCAUGAUAAGAAUUGCAUAGGUGGAGGAGGAUUUGGGAAAGUUUAUAAAGGAAAAGUUCCACAAGGUGAUGGGUUCAAUACCAUUGUUGCAAAGCGAUUGGAUACAAGGCUUGGUCAAGGGGAACUACAAUUUAGAACUGAGCUCCAAGUUCUUUUUGAGUAUAAACAUGAGAAUAUCAUCCCUCUUAUCGGAUAUUGUGAUGAAAAGAAUGAACAGAUCAUUGUUUACGAGUAUGCGCCUCAAGGAAGUCUUGAUAAGUGUGUGAGGAAUGCUGGUCUUACAUGGAUGCUACGACUUAAUAUAUGUAUUGAUGUUGCAACUGCGCUGGCUUUCCUUCAUGGAGGAGCCGGAAAACAAGCAAUAGUGAUACACAGGGACAUCAAAACUCCAAACAUUCUACUAAAUGAUAAGUGGAAUGCAAAACUUGCUGAUUUUGGGCUUUCCUUGAUAAGUCCAAUAAAUCAGGAAACAGACUAUGUCAUUGAUCAUGUGUGUGGCACACGAGGCUAUUUGGACCCCCUUUACUUAAAAUCACGUUUCUUAACAAAAGAAUCCGAUAUUUAUUCAUUUGGGGUGGUUUUGUUUGAGAUCAUCUGUGGAAAAUUUCUAACUGGUGCCAUCGUAAAAGAGAUCUUUGAAAAAGGAAACAUUGAUGACUUUGUAUUUGAGGCUAUAAAGAAACAGAUAGAGCCAAAAGCAUUGAUUGCAUUUAAAACAAUUGCCUACCGGUGUUUACACGACGAUAGAGAAAAACGCCCAACAGCUAAAGAAGUUCUACAACGACUUAAGGAGGCUCGGGAAUUCCAAGUCUCUGGAUCACUUGAGGCAGCUGCUUAUUGUAUGGAAGCUCAACUCAACAUUUGA